AUGAAGGUGAUAAUGGUGAUGCUGGUGGGGAACAUGCCGCUGGACUACGUUCCUAAAGAGAAGGAGCGUGUAGGUUGGCGCAGAUGGAUGCAUGCGCAUACUCCGCAUCCACCAGAUCCGAGACAUUGUGCCGUUUAUACUCAGACUGAGUAUGAAAAGCAGCUGGCGUCCAUCUCCGCCUGCCACCUGGUGGUGGAAGACGCGGAGACCUGCCAGGCCACCGCGGGUUGCAGCUGGAAACCGAUCUUCCAGUCUGGGAAGUGCAUCGGGACUCCGAAAAUCGCCUUCCCGUGGCAGCGUGGUGCCAGUGCCAUAGUCGCGGAUUGCGAUCUGCUCCACCCAACAACGACCACCAGCACGGCGUCGGUCAGUACCAUUACAGAUACAUUAACCCACACUACCACGGUCACUACCGGCACCCAGACCAUCUCCACAACACGAAGCAGCACGAUGUCAUCUGCCACUACAACAUCAACUGUCACCAUGAGCAUCACAACUUCGGCGACCAGCCAAACUGCCACGGUCACUUCCACGGUGACAUCCACCACGCUGACGACCUCCACGAUCACAUCGACCUUGCUCCCCGGAAGCUGCCCUGUGCCGAACCUGGGCGACAGCGUCGACGCCUCUGAUUGCGUGGACAAGUUCCCGGGUGAGACAUGCCAGGUGCUCUGUGCAACGGGAAACCUGGGUGAUCCGAGCACCUUCUCCUGCAGCCAGCAGGAGAUUUUCACCGGCGAAGCGCCGACGUGUACGCCGACCACGACGUGGACAACGGCCACCACUACGCAGACACAGCUCGUCUUCUGCUCCGGCGGUUUGCCAACCGGUCCAGGGGUGGAUGUGAGCGACUGCCUGGGCAAAGUGAAUGGCCAAACCUGCACCGUUUCCUGCGUGGCGACUUACCAGGGAGAGGAUGCCGAGUAUGUCUGCAACCCCACUGAGGCGCGCUUCGCGGGCCCGGAAGUUACAUGCAGCAAGAUCACCUGCUCCGCUGACCAGCUACCAGCUGGCUACGACACUUCUGCGUGUGCAGAGACUGCUGCCGGAGAAAUCUGCAUCGUCUCCUGUCUGCCCGGCUUUGCGCCGGCCUCCGCGGCCUUCCUCUGUGGGUCGGACGGCACCUUCUCCGGCACGGCGCCCACCUGCGUCGCCGUGAGCUGCCCCGCUGACGAACUUCCCGUAGCACCCGGCCUGGACACCGAGGCCUGUGUUGGGGCAUCGGCGGGCGACACCUGCCUGGUGAGUUGUGCUGUUGGCUACCGAGGCGUUGGCUCCACCUUUGAGUGCCUCAACGACGGCUCCUUCGCAGGCGUCACGCCGAACUGCGAGCGGCGAACCUGCGACCUUCCCUCGGAGUUUCAGACGGAGAUGGUGAGCAGCACUUGUGCCGGGGCGAUGCACAAUGACCAGUGCGUGGCCAUCUGCAACCAGGGCUAUGAAGGCUUGCCGACGAAGCAGACUUGCUGGAACGGAACCUUCUUGGGUGUCGUCCCGAGCUGCUUUCCACGGGAAUGUUCCAUCCAGGGAACACGUCUUGAAACUGGCCUGGAUGCUACAGACUGCCUCGGAAAGAAAGUGGGAGAUACCUGCCUCCUUCAGUGCUCCCCUGGCUACGACCUCGUUGGAAGUGGAGUGCUACAGUGCCUGAGCACGGGGCUUUUCAACGAGUCGCAGGCUACUUGCGUGCCCGGUACGUGCGGGACUCUCUCGGACGUGCCACCGUUUGCGCCGCACUUCAUCGGCGACUCGUGCUCAGUGAUGAGGACGGGUCAGGUCUGUACGGCUUUCUGCGAGCCGGGCUAUGACAUUGUGGGUAACGCCAGCGUGCUGCUGUGUGAUGGCGCACCGGCCGACAGCGCUGGAUUCACCGAAGUGGUUCCAGGUUCCUCCUUGAGCUGGCCUGCCGUUGAGUCACCGGGUCCGACUUGCAUGAUCAGGACAUGCACUGGGGCGCCGGACAGCCCACUGCUCACCCACAACUGUUCGGCAGCGAAGACAGGAGAGACCUGCAUCGUGCAAGCAGUGCUGCCCUACCAGCUGGAAGGAGCAUCCUCCGUGGAGCUUGUCUGCGAAUCCAGCGGUUUCUUCUCCGGAACUUUACCGCCAGUCGUUCCAGCCGUGUGCCCCCAGCCGUCCUUCGCAAGCGGCAUUGGCAGCACAUGUGCGAACCGAUCCGUGGGUGCGGAUUGCUGGGCAUACUGUCUGAAGGACUGGGUCGGCGCCGCACGGAGAUAUGAGUGCCAGUUUGAUGCAGCCAGCAGCACCGUGGAAAUCCAAGCGACCGGGGAGGCGAUCGCAUGCGAGCUGAACAGCUCCGCCGCCCGACGACUCGCAGCAACGAACCCAUGUUCCGCUGAUUCGGCUUCCGCUGCUGGCUUGGCCGAGCUGCAGUAUACGCACAGCUGUGGCGACCAGCAGCACGACGAAGUGUGCUUGGCACACUGCAGCAUGGGCUUCACGAUGACUGAGGAGACCCCGGCAAUCUUGGUUUGCGACAACGGCGCCUUCGUCGGAGCAGCGAUGCCAACGUGCACUGGCCAGCCCUGCAACAACUCGCUGCCACAAGGUGCAGGUGUGAGUCAUAACUGCGACGGGACGACGGCCUUUGGCACGUGCGACGCAACGUGUGGACAGGCCGGCUACACCUACACCGCGGGCUCCCAGAAAGAGAUCUUCACCUGUAUGCCCUGGGGAAGCUUCCAAGGCAAUCAGCCAUCGUGCGAGCCCAUCUCGUGUCAGGACUUGGUUCUUGACGGCAUCUACUCCCACAACUGCAAGUCAAAACGCUUUGGGGACACCUGCGGCGUGAGCUGCGCCACUGGGUAUCACCUCAGCGGAUGGGGAUCGCAGUACGUGUGCGGGGCAGAUGGUACCUUUGAAGGGGUGCUUCCACAAUGCAACGGCAAUCCGUGCCAAAACACGGUGGAUGACCCUGCGCUGGAUGCAAGUGCCUGCAAUAGCCUCACCACCGGUGAGGACUGCAACGUCACCUGUCAAGCCGGCUACGGCUUCAACCAGACCACUGUAGUCUGUGGAGCAUCCGGCUUCCUCUCUGGGAUUCUUCCCAUCUGCAGUCCCCUGCCAUGCGUAGCAGACCCAGAGCUUCAGCACCCGACGCUCGCGCAUUCUUGCAACUCCGUGCCCUUCGGCCAAUCCUGUGUGGUCUUCUGUGCGAAUGGCUACGUCUUCAGCAAUGGCAGCUCCGCCGAGACCUGGCAGUGCCGCCUCAACGCCACCUCCGGGGCGACGAGCCUGGAAGGCCUGGUGCCCAGCUGCGAAGCCGAGCUUUGCAGCAGCGGCCUCCCGGCGAGCAGCCCGAGGGUCUCGGACAACUGCACGGGAAUCCGAACAGGUGAAGCCUGCGAAAGGACCUGUGCGCACGGCUUCUCCGGCGAGGAUGUGGUUUACGUCUGCACCAGCGAUGGAGCGGCCACAAGCAACUCGAGCUCUGCCUGCAGCCCGCUCUCCUGCAACUUCUCCGCGGCUCCGGAGAAUGUUAUCCACACCUGCAGCGGCAUUGUCUUCGGUGGCGGCUGUUCAGCCUUCUGUGCACCCGGCUAUGGCGAUGCCAAUGGCAGCAGCGUGCAAAGUUGGAGCUGUGAAGGAGCUGAGUCUGGGCUAGAGCUGAUCCCCGGUCAGAGCACAAGUGAUGUCGGCUUGAGGGGCACGGUGCCUAGCUGUGUCCCCUUGGGAUGUUUCUACAACUUUCCUUCCGGGGCCCAGUACCAGCACGACUGUGACGGCGUGGUGACCGGCGGCAGCUGUAACGUCUCUUGCGCCGAAGGCUGGGAGGGUCCCAGCUCGGUGCUGCGUUGCUCCGCAGAUGGCGGCCUGGUCGGCGCCUUCCCCGCGUGCUCCUUCCUUGUGGUGACGGAGACUGUCACAAGCACAACUGUGUCCACCAUGACCACGACCAACACUGAUAUACUGUUCGAGAUUCGGGUGGCCGUUGCUGGGCGCUUCAUCGUGGCUGUGAACAACUCGCAAGACUUCAUGUCUGACGCAAAUGUCACGGAGGCCUUCGCCACAGUACUCGCAACGCUGAUCCCUAUAGAUCCAACACGCCUCGCCGUGUCCUUCACCGCUGCCCGACGUCUGCAGGACUAUGGCCUGCUGGCAGAGUCCAGGUCGCGGCGUCUUGCGGAGCAGGUGCAGGUGAGCUACCAGACCUGGAUCAUGGGACGUACGCAAGAAGAGGCAGACAGCCUUGGGCUGAACAUCAGCUCGGGCAUGAACUUCACCAGCCUCGCGGCCUUGGGCGACUUGCUCCUCGCGGAGCUGGGCUCAGAGAAGGGCCUCUACUAUGCGCUGGAUGUUCGGUCCCACAACGUGGACAUUACUGUGGGAAGCCGUAUUCAGGAGGUCGUCGCGAAGGCGAAGGUGGACGAGACCUGCCCCGUAGUGAACUUGCCGGCCAUCUCAGGUGCUGGCCCAUUCGACUGCCAGGAGCCAAAGUUCGUCGGACAAAGCUGCAAUGCGACCUGCUCUUCCCAAGAGAUCGUUUCGGCUUCAUGCCUUUCGGAUGGGACCUGGUUAUUGGCGUCAGACUGCGUGCCGCUGUCAGACGACCCAGUCCAAGCCGGCAUCGACCCACUCCUCAUCGUUGUGCUUGGGUCAGCUCUGGCUUUAUGCUGCCUCGUGACGGUCUGCGGCAUCCUCUGCGCACGCCGCACGACGGAAAAGACGGUACCCGAGCCAGAGGUCAAGGAGGAGGCGCCUCCUCUACCAUUGCCUUUGCCUUCUAUCCUCGAGUUGCCGAAGCAGGACGACUUCGACACCAGCUUCUGGAAUUGGGCAGAGAGGUGGGAGCAGAGCCGGCCGAAGUCAGGCGGCGUGGACAUCCCACUGGUGCCACCGCCGUCACUUCCUGGCGCCGUGGAGUUCCGAAAGAGCGGGUCAAGCGACUCCUUGGAGAGGCGGCCUUCGUUGCCCACACCUCCGGCAAGGCCGCCCCCAUCUCCGAAGAGGGGAAUGACUUUGCCGCCCCCAGUGCCACCGAUGAGGAGGCGAGCGCUGUCCCCGGCUGCACCCGGAUCGCCGGUAGGAAGCCACCUGGUGGUGCAGGUGAAGCCAGCUGCGUCCGAGGACCAGCUGCGAGUGUGUGCCUCGGAAUUCGAUGCGGCACCGAUGGACAUGCUCGAGGAUGUCGUCGAGGAGGAGGAGCGGUUCAUGCUCAACAUCGGCCGGAUGGAUGGCUCUAUGCUGGCAAAGAUGCAAGUGCGAUCCCACCAAACCGUGGGCGAGCUGGUGGAGUCCUUGAAGCAGGCGGGAGACUUGGGCAUGGAUCUCGUGCUCGCCCGUGAGACGAAGGUGUUGAGGCCAGACCAGAGGCUCGACGAUUGCGGCCUCUACGACGGCUCCCAGGUAAUUGCCGUCCGGCAUCCGGAGCUCUUCGUGGCCGGCGCCUACGAUGAUGGGAUGGUCGCCGUUUGGAGUGUAGAGUCUGGCGUGUGCGAGAGGACCUUCGAGUGCCGCUACGGGGCCGUGAAGUCUGUGGCUUUAGCACAGUCUGGGCUUGUUCUGGUACUUGGCAUGGUGGAUGGCACUGUGCAGCUCUGGAACGUGGUGACGGGCCAGCUUAUGAGGCAGUACAGCGGCCACAUGGGCGCGAUCUUCUCGGUGGCGGCAUCACCGAACGGGAAGAUGAUCGCCACGGGCUGCUUCGACGGGACUGCAAGAAUUAUCGUGCUGGAGUCUGGCAAGAUCGUGCGAGUCUGUUCUGGCCACCGGGGCAGCAUCAUGUCCCUUGCGUUCAGCGCCGAUUCGAGAACUGUGGCAACCGGAUCAGAGGACUCCAUGGUGAAGCUCUGGAAGGUGCAGGAGCGAUCCGGCGAGUUGACCCUCUCGGGCCACACCGGCACUGUGACGGCCAUUGCCUUCUCCACGCACAGUAAGGCAGUGGCCACCGGUUGCGACAAUGGGGAGGUUCAUGCCUGGUCCGUGGUUUCUGGACGCCUGGUGUGGGAGCUGCCCAGAGCUCAUGCGUUGGUGAAAACAUUGGGGUUCUCUCGUGACGGUGUCAGCUUGGCCGUUGGCUGUGCCAAUGGUGACUGCCUGCUGUACAGCGCGGACACACGCAGCUGCGCAAGCAAAGUGCAGUGCGACAUGGCUGGCUCGAUCCGGUGCAUGGGCUUUUCGCCUGCCUCGAAGCUCCUGAUCUGCGGGGGCGAGGUUGGCGUACUGCAAGUCUUUGGCUCCGAGGAUGGCUCCUGCAAGAAGAUCCUGGAGUUGGAAGCGAGCGCCCUCGGGCAAACGGGCACUCUGUCGGCAGUUGCCGUUUGUGCCGGACCCACGCCGGGGAAGAAGGCUCGAGGUCGCCACCGGCCGGAAAACACUCAGCUGGAGCUCCACGAUGCAGAGAGGGCAGCACUUCCUGCGGUUUAG